CCAAGUUGGGAUGGGGGCCCGCAGCCACCGCCCGGCGCCAGAGAGGCCACCUGCGUGCUAGAGGCAAACUUUUGUCUCCCUCGGGCCGCCACCCGGGACGAUGAGCGGCUGAGAUGGAGACAUCCGCCCCAGCCACUGCCGCGGAGAAGCAAGGAGCCAAGAGCGCGAUCCUGGAGGGCAGCGGCUUCCCCGACCCGGGCAAAAAGGCCUCUCCCCUGGCGGUGGCCGCGGCGGCGGCGGCGGCUGUAGCUGCCCAAGGAGUGCCGCAGCACUUCUUGCCACCGUUCCAUGCGCCCUUGCCGAUUGACAUGCGACACCAGGAGGGACGGUACCAUUACGAGCCUCACUCUGUCCACGGCGUGCACGGGCCCCCCACCCUGAGCGGCAGCCCUGUCAUCUCCGACAUCUCCUUGCUCCGGCUCUCCCCACACCCCGCCGGCCCUGGGGAGUCCCCCUUCAACGCCCCCCACCCGUAUGUGAACCCCCACAUGGAGCACUACCUCCGUUCCGUGCACAGCAGCCCCACGCUCUCCAUGAUCUCUGCAGCCCGGGGCCUCAGCCCCGCGGACGUGGCCCAGGAGCACCUUAAGGAGAGGGGACUGUUCGGCCUCCCUGCCCCAGGCACCAACCCCUCAGACUAUUACCACCAGAUGACCCUCAUGGCGGGCCACCCCGCGCCGUACGGGGACCUGCUGAUGCAGAGUGGGGGUGCUGCCGGUGCGCCCCAUCUCCACGACUACCUCAACCCCGUGGACGUGUCACGUUUCUCCAGCCCGAGAGUGACGCCGCGCCUGAGCCGCAAGCGGGCGCUGUCCAUCUCCCCGCUCUCAGACGCCAGCCUCGACCUGCAGCGGAUGAUCCGGACCUCGCCCAACUCGCUGGUGGCCUACAUCAACAACUCACGCAGCAGCUCGGCCGCCAGCGGCUCCUACGGGCACCUGUCGGCAGGUGCCCUCAGCCCAGCCUUCACCUUCCCCCACCCCAUCAACCCCGUGGCCUACCAGCAGAUCCUGAGCCAGCAGAGGGGCCUGGGCUCGGCCUUCGGACACACCCCACCCCUGCUCCAGCCCUCGCCCACCUUCCUGGCCCAGCAGCCCGUGGCCCUGGCCUCCAUCAGUGCCACACCCACCCAGCUCAGCAGCAGCAGCAAUUGUCUGAGUGAUGCCAACCAGAACAAGCAGAGCAGCGAGUCGGCCGUGACCAGCACCGUCAACCCCAUGGCCAUUCACAAGCGCAGCAAGGUCAAGACCGAGGCGGAGGGCCUGCGGCCAGCCUCCCCGCCGGCCCUGACUCAGGAGCAGCUGGCUGACCUCAAGGAAGACCUGGACAGGGAUGACUGUAAGCAAGAGGCUGAAGUGGUCGUCUACGAGACCAACUGCCACUGGGAAGACUGCACCAAGGAGUACGACACCCAGGAGCAGCUGGUGCACCACAUCAACAACGAGCACAUCCACGGGGAGAAGAAGGAGUUCGUGUGCCGCUGGCAGGCCUGCACCCGCGAGCAGAAGCCCUUCAAGGCGCAGUACAUGCUGGUGGUGCACAUGCGGCGGCACACGGGCGAGAAGCCGCACAAGUGCACGUUCGAGGGCUGCUCGAAGGCCUACUCGCGCCUGGAGAACCUGAAGACGCACCUGCGGUCCCACACCGGGGAGAAGCCGUACGUGUGCGAGCACGAGGGCUGCAACAAGGCCUUCUCCAACGCCUCGGACCGCGCCAAGCACCAGAACCGCACCCACUCCAACGAGAAACCCUACAUCUGCAAGAUCCCGGGCUGCACCAAGAGAUACACAGACCCCAGUUCUCUCCGGAAGCACGUGAAAACGGUCCACGGCCCAGAUGCUCACGUCACCAAGAAACAGCGCAACGAUGUGCACCUGCGCACGCCACUGCUCAAGGAGAAUGGGGACAGCGAGACCAGCACCGAGCCUGGCGGCCGGGGUUCAGAGGACAGCGCCGAGGCCAGCAGCACCAGCCAGGCCGUGGAGGACUGCCUGCACGUCAAAGCCAUCAAGACCGAGAGCUCCGGGCUGUGUCAGUCCAGCCCCGGGGCCCAGUCGUCCUGCAGCAGCGAGCCCUCUCCCCUGGGCAGUGCCCCCAACAAUGACAGUGGCGUGGAGAUGCCGGGGACGGGGCCCGGGAGCCUGGGAGACCUGACAGCGCUGGAUGACACGCCCCCAGGGGCCGAUGCCUCAGCCCUGGCUGCCCCCUCCGCUGGUGGCCUGCAGCUGCACAAGCAUAUGACCACCUACCGGUUUGAGCAGCUUAAGAAGGAGAAGCUCAAGUCACUCAAGGAUUCCUGUUCAUGGGCUGGGCCGGCUCCACACACCCGGAACACCAAGCUGCCUCCCCUCCCGGGAAGUGGCUCCGUCCUGGAGAACUUCAGCGGCAGCGGGGGCGGCGGGCCAGCAGGGCUGCUGCCCAACCCGCGACUGUCCGAGUUAUGUGCCAGCGAGGUGACCAUGCUGGGCCAGCUGCAGGAGCGCCGCGACAGCUCCACCAGCACGGUCAGCUCGGCCUACACCGUGAGCCGCCGCUCCUCCGGCAUCUCCCCCUACUUCUCCAGCCGCCGCUCCAGCGAGGCCUCGCCCCUGGGCGCCGGCCGCCUGCACAACGCCAGCUCGGCCGACUCCUACGACCCCAUCUCCACGGACGCGUCGCGGCGCUCGAGCGAGGCCAGCCAGUGCAGCGGCGGCUCGGGGCUGCUCAGCCUCACGCCGGCGCAGCAGUACAGCCUGCGGGCCAGGUACGCCGCCGCCACGGGCGGGCCCCCGCCCACGCCGCUGCCCGGCCUGGAGCGCGCGAGCCUGCGGGCCCGGCUGGCGCUGCUGGACGCGCCCGAGCGCGCGCUGCCCGCCGCCUGCCCGCGCCCCCUGGGGCCGCGGCGGGGCAGCGACGGGCCGGCCUACGGCCACGGCCACGGCCACGCGGGGGCUGCGCCCGCCUUCCCCCACGAGGCCCCGGGCAGCGGCGCUCGGCGGGCCAGCGACCCCGUGCGGCGGCCCGACGCCCUGGCGUUGCCGCGCGUGCAGCGCUUCUACAGCACCCACAACGUGAACCCCGGCCCGCUGCCGCCCUGCGUGGAGAGGCGAGGCCUCCGCCUGCAGACGCACCCGAGCGCCGACAGCGGCCUGGCCCACGGGGCCUAUUCUCCCCGGCCGCCCAGCAUCAGCGAGAACGUGGUGAUGGAGGCCAUGGCAGCGGGGACAGACGGCGCGGGGCCCGAGGCUGAGCUGGGGCUGCCGGAGGACGACCUGGUGCUGCCCGAUGACGUGGUACAGUACAUCAAGGCGCACGCCAGCGGCGCGCUGGGUGAGAGCGCCGCGCAGGUAUAUCCCGCCGAAGGCACCGGUUUUUCUGACAACCCCAAACUGCCCAGCCCGGGGCUGCACAGCCAGCGCAGGAUGGUGGCUGCAGAUUCCAACGUGGGCCCCUCUGCCCCUGUGCUGGGAGGCUGCCAGCUGGGCUACGGGUCACCCUCCAGCCUGAACAAAAAUAACAUGCCUGUGCAGUGGAACGAAGUGAGCUCCGGCACCAUGGAUGCCCUGGCCAGCCAGGCGAAGCCACCACCCUUUCCUCAGGGCAGCCUGGCCAUGGUGCAGCAGAAGCCAGCCUUUGGCCAGUACCCAGGCUACAGUCCACAAGGCCUGCAGGCGAGCCCCGGGAGCCUGGACAGCACCCAGCCACACCUUCAACCCCGCGGCGGAUCCUCUUCUGCACUCCGGGUAAACUACAUGCAGCAGCUGCAACAGCCAGCGACAGGUGGCCAGUGUCCCAACAUGACCACCACCAUGAGCCCCCAGACAGGCUAUGGCCAAGCCCACCCCCAGCUGAGCCCCAGCACCAUCAGUGGGGCCCUGAACCAGUUUCCCCCAUCCUGCAGCAACGUGACAGCCAAGCCAGGCCACCUGGGGCACCCUCAGCAUACAGAAGUUGCCCCCAACCCCACCAUGAUGGGCAGCCGUCACAGGGAACUCGGGGUCCCAAAUUCAUCCCUGGCUGGGGUGCCACCACCUCAUCCAGUCCAGAGCUACCCACAGCAGAGCCAUCACCUGGCGGCCCCCAUGGGCCAGGAGGGCUACCGCCAGGGCCCCAGCCUUCUGCCUUCCCACCAGCCUGGCUUCAUGGAGCCCCAGCCAGCCACAAUGGGGGUGUCUGCAGCAAGCUUUGGCCUAGUGCAGCCCCGGCCACCCCUAGAGCCCAGCCCUGCAGGCCGCCACCGCGGGGUGCGUGCUGGGCAGCAGCAGUUGGCCUAUGCCAGGGCCACUGGCCAUGCCAUGGCUGCUGUGCCAGCCAGCCAGGAAACAGCAGAGGCUGUGCCCAAGGGAGCAAUGGGCACCAUGGUGUCGCUGCCACCUCAGCUGCUUCCACAGGACACAGGCGGGGCCCAGGACCACAGCAUGCUCUACUACUAUGGCCAGAUCCACAUGUACGAACAGGACGGAGGCCUGGAGAACCUUGGAGGCUGCCAGGUCACACGGUCCCAGCCACCGCAGCCACAGGCCUGUCCAGACAGCAUCCAGCCCCAGCCCUUGCCCUCGCCAGGGGUCAACCAGGUGUCCAGCACCGUGGACUCCCAGCUCCUGGAGGCCCCCCAGAUUGACUUCGAUGCCAUCAUGGAUGACGGCGAUCACUCAAGUUUGUUCUCGGGUGCGCUGAGCCCCAGCCUCCUCCACAGCCUCUCCCAGAGCUCCUCCCGCCUCACCACCCCCAGGAACCCCCUGACCCUGCCCUCCAUCCCCGCGGGCAUCAGCAACAUGGCCGUGGGGGACAUGAGCUCCAUGCUCACCAGCCUAGCCGAGGAGAGCAAGUUCCUGAACAUGAUGACCUAAAGCCCAAGCCCCAGCGCUGAGUGGACCCAGAGGGCCUUCGCUUCCCAGAUCACAGGGGUUUCGUGCGUGUUGUCUUUUUCCCAAAAAGUAUUAAAUAGGCCUGAGGGAUUUUGCCCAUGGCUGGUUCAAAUGACAUGUUUUAGAGAAGGUUUGUGGGCAUACUUCCUGGUCCUUUGGAUUAUUUUUCAGAACACGUAAAGUCUCAAUAGGAAAAGAAAGAAAGGAAUGAAAACGCAUUCACACAGUGCUUUCCAGCCUGUGGUGUGCAUGGGACUCCGCUGUUCUGGCUCCUUCGCCUCUGUCAAUUGGCUAAUGAGAGAUUACGUUGGCCAAGGGCUUUCCAAGAACAUGCAGAAAGAGGGUGGGGGAGCCGCAUUCGGGUUGGAAUCUGAACGUGUGCUAGAUUUUCUGCUCCAGGAAGAAGAGCUGCUCAUUCUGCUACCUGCAAAAGAAAGGAAUUCCUGGCCCACUCAAAUUCUUCUAUGAAGCUUAAUGCUUGAGGUCUCUAACGUCCCUUGCCAUGGAGGAAAAAAACAGAUUCUACCUGAAUGGUUCGGAAGCACAUCUUGAUUCCAGGUUUGGUAGAGCUGGCAUCUGUACCCCAUCAAGCCGAGUCUGGGACCUGCAGCCCGUCCUAGUGUAUAUGAAUGAAUAGAGUAUGUAAGUAUCACCAGAAAAAGUAAAGAAAACAUUGUACUACUCGGGGCAAGCCCGGAAGCCUCCCUGGCCUCUCCAGACGGUGUUCACAGUGUUUGCAUGUGGAAUGUAGCCCUUCCUGAAAAGAACACUCGUCUCCAAAUACCUCGGGGCUGCUGUUGCUGCUGUGGGGUGUGGAUGGACCAGGGCCUCGAGGAGGUGAGGGUGCACCCGGGGCCGAGCCUAAAGCCACCCUGGGGGUCUCCCAGUAGGAAGAGAAAGUCGCAUGUUUACCCGACCCUGUUUCUCCAGUGCACUACCCCCCACUUUUCCAUGGAAAACUCCAGGGCUUGACGGCAGCCUUUCCCAGGCUCCCGUGGCUGCACUGCCCACUCACCAACAGCCCAGUGGUCUCCGCCCAGCCACAACGUGCAGUCCCGGUAUCUUCUGGAUUCCCUUCCCUCCGCCCUCCUGGUCAUUCGUCAGAGAAUGACGACAUGCAUGGUGUUUCGGGUAAGGGUGGAAAGGUGAAGGGGUUGAUCCCUGGGGCUCUGAUGACCAUCACUGAAUUUUCCUGUCCAGUGUGACCAAGCCCCACCUAGAAAUGGAAUUUGGAACUGGCUUUGGAAGACGUCAUUCCUGAACGUGCCACAGAGUGAACUGAUGCGUCUUCCACACCACACACGCAAAUGCACCAACACGUACCCCAGACCUUCUCGUGUUGAAUUUGUGCCAUCCUUGCCAAACCAGUGGCACCACUCUGAGCUUGACUCUGACUGUGGCCCUGGCUUCAGUGAGGACUGUCUUAGGAGCGUCUGUGGACAGGGCCAAAAUUACCUGGGCCGCCUGCAUCUCAGCACACCGGUCUCUGUUAAGGUCCAGAGACAAGGGACGUUGCCAGGGGCCCGUGGCUCUGUGGUGGUGUUCCUUCACUCCCUUCCUGAGACAGGAUUCCGCGCGCCAUUCCCAACCUGUAUAUAUUCUGUACAGAAGACGCCAUCCCUGAAUAUACUGUAGGUGAAAGCUCAGCCGAAUUUAUAUUUCCAAAACAUUUUUAGCUUUUUCUACAUGCUAUGAAUUGAGAUGACGUGCUCAACUUGUAAAUAAGUCUUUUUGUACAUUAAAAAAGUAAUUUUUUCAUAA